AGAGAGAGAGAGAAAGGGAAGCCAUCAAACAAACAAGAAGGGAACAAACAUCAAAUCAGCAAAGGAGCGUCUAAAGAUAAAGUGUGGAAGCCAAGCCAGGAAGAAUAAGAGAAAAGAAGGAAAAGCUCAAAGAGAGACAUAUAUGUGUGUGUGUGUGUGUAUUCUUAAACUUUCUUUUAUCUUCAAGUUCAAAUGCCCCAUGCCUCCACAAAUCUUUUCUGUGUAAACGAACCCCCAUCACCAACACCAUAUAUAUACCGAUAUAUAGAGCUACCAAAUCAAUUACCAUUAGUCUCUCUCUCUCUCUCUCUCUCUCUCUAGCUCUCUGACAUUAAUAUUAAUUAAUAAUAAUGUUACUAAGAGCCUCCAUUUCCGGCAGCAAGAAGUUCUUCCAGAAAACCCUCCACACGUUCAAGUCCUUCCUCUCCGGUGGCUACCAGAAGCUCCCCAAAACCCCUCCUUUCAACCCCUUUUCCUGCAGCCCCGCCGCCGUUAAUGACAUGACCUUCACCCACACCUACCCAGACCUCGACAAUUUCUACUCAGACUUCAUCGAACACGCCGACAAUCAGAAAAAGAAGAAAAGGAAGAAGAAAACCAAGAUCAAGAGGUUGCAGCCGCCGCCAGUCUCCCAGAAUUAUCAACUGGAAAGGAGGCAGCAAGAUCAAGAGAAGAAGAGGAGGGUAGUAGUUAAUGUGGCUGAUCAAGGAAAAGCGAAGGAAGGGUUGGCGCUGCGGUCACGCGAAGGCAGGAGUUUGGCUGUGGCGCAGAAGCUGAAGGAGCUGGCAAUGGCGGACAAGAGCAACAUAGAGCACGUUCUGGACAUCGAAGAGGUUCUCCAUUACUACUAUCGGCUGACAUGCCCGGCGUACAUCGACAUUAUCGACAAGUUCUUCAUGGACAUGUACGCUGAGCUCUCCAGCUUCCAGGAUUCUUAAUGGAGCUUGCGGUUUAAGUGGUAGAUUUGAUUGAUGAUUCUUCUGAUCUCUUUAGACCCUCUCUAAUCGUUCUUUGCAUGAACAAUACAGAGAGAUUUAUAUAAUUGGCAGUCUGCAACAGUUUGCUUUGUUCAUCUAAUCAGCUCAGCUGUGACAGGAUCAAGAUCAAAGAUUCGUUGUGAAUUAAUACUCUCUAAGUCUUGGUUUUGCCAAUCAAACCCACUGGUCUUUCCGUCUUGGCCAAUUUUAGAGUUAAUUUUUAGUGUUUCAUUAAUCAGGUUUUGUUUUGACUCCCCCUUUGAUUUUCUGUACUGCUAAUAAUUGCUCGGCCAUUCAUUUCGUUUCGAUCAAUGAUCAGUUUGUGAUUGGUUUCACUCAAAACUUAU